GUCAUCGUCGUUUUGGGAUGACCAAAAUGAACGUUCUCUCAUCAUAAAAUCCCACUACAAAAUAUUUCUAUACAAACACACCUUUAUUUCCGAAUCAUCUCUACGUAUGCAUAAAUACAUUUUACCACUAUCGUUCAUCGUAUGGAAGAUUAUUUUCUUUCGUUUAAAUCGUGAAAUCAAUAUUACAAACACGAUAAACGUUUGAAAAAAAUACAAUUAAGAAAAAUCGAGACGAAUCAAUUUCGAUUUAAUUAACGACAAUGGAAAGAAUAAUAGAGAGCUGAUUCCAAAUACUCAAGGAGUAUUAUGCCUUUAGAAGGGAACGUCUUUGUUACAGAUACGACGUAAUAAAAAUAAAUAUUGUGUUUCAUAUUUAGCUUACGUUCGCAAUGGAUUUCGGUACUUUGCUGAGCGUGGCUCAGAAAAACAGUGCCAACAAGCAGGCUAGUUCUUAUUAUCCUACAAAAUUUACUCCUCCCAAAAAAGAAUGUAAACAAUCAAGGAAUCUUUCUAACAAUAUCAAAAAAUUUUUGGCUAAAAAAGAGGAAGAGGAACGACAAAAAGCUCUUGAGGAAAAAAAGAAACGUGAGAACUUGUUAUCGCUACGAGAUCAUAAAGCUCAAAGCAGAAUAAAUAAACACUUGAAAGUUUGCAAAGCUGCAAAUAAAUCAGUGUUAGCAGAUGCUGUCAAUAAUGAUGACACCGCUGUCACAAUGGCAGGUCCUUCCCAACCGGAUGAGGAUGAUUAUGGCUAUGUUUCGCAAGAGGCUUCUGCAUUUUAUAAUCAGUUGAUGAACAAAUACAGUAAUUUACCUCCUGAAAAGCCGUUGUUCAGUGAAACUGGUAAAAAAACUGUUAAGGAUAUAGCGUCAACGAAGGAUCGGGUUCGUCAGGCUCUGAAGCAACAGGAGUUGGAAGAGAGUUUACCGCACCGACGUAAACGCAAAUCUACUUCGACAAGCAGCAAAGAAACGGAACAAGAGACGACUAAAGCAGAGAGGGACCGCAUGACGGAAAGGGAAAAAGAACCUGAAAGAGAGGAAAAACCAAAACCGAAAAAGAAACCUCCGGGACCACCGCCGCUUGAUUUUGUGUCGUUGCUAAAAUUAGCGGAAAAAAAACAGCACGAACCAGUUGUGAUAGAAGCAAAGCCAAAGCCAAAAGUAGAAGAUCGUGAGCGUCUGAUGACGAAGAAACAGAUGAAAGAAUAUAUGAAGGAAAGAGAGUGGCGGGAGAAAAGGGAUCGUGAAAAAAAUGGUGAGGCUACUAAACCGGCGACCGGAUCUUCAACGGAAACAAGCAAAUCCUCCAAAUCGGAAGUGUCUAAGCCUUCGCCAAACAAAAUUCCAAAAUUGAGCAACAACGGCAAAUCGGCGCCACCCUCGAUUUUAGAAAAGACUCUUACAAAACCGACAAAUUCGACGUAUACUCGACCGAUCGAGAGAAAAGCACCGGAAAGACCCACAGAAAAAAGUUUCACGUCUAAAAUUUCGGUGAAGGACGAAUUACUCGAGGAACGUAAAAAGCUCGAAGCUGAAAAGAAACAAUUAGAAUCGAUGCGGCGUAUGAUCGAAGAAGAGAAAAGAAAAUUAGCUCUAUCUAAAAUGAGCAGCAAGAGAGCGGAUGACGGAAAAUCCAGUGCAUUAAAUUCCACUAAAUCCAAGUUUGACUCCCGUCCUGACAGAGGACCUCCUGUGGACUCAAAAGAUAUUAAACCUCGACAAUUUCCACCUACCGAUGUAAAACCUAAACAAUUUCCACCUCCUGACGUCAAGUCAAGACAAGGACCGAUGUCCAACGGCAAAGCAAGACCGUUCCCGCCUCAGGACGUACGAGGACGCAACCCUAAACUUGGGGCCAAAAGACCCGUCAAUAGACGCCGCAUCUACGACGACGAUGAGGACGAGUACGAUUCGGAGCUCGAUGAUUUCAUCGACGACGGUCCGGAGGAGGAAUCGGAAGAUUAUAGCAAAUAUAUUAGUGAGAUAUUCGGUUACGACAAGAGCAAAUACAGAAAUAUGGAUGACGAUGAUGGAAACAUGGAGAGUACUUUCGCCCAGCAGUUGAAGGAAGAAUUCGUGUCAACGAAAAUAGGGAUAAUGGAAGAUUUGGAAGAUAUGAGAAUGGAGGCGAUGGAGAACAAACGAAAAGCAUUGAUGAAGAAAAAGGCUAAAAAAUAGUACACGCUCAUAUUCGACAUAAUUUCUCGAGGAACUCUCAUCGAUUCUAUCGGUUGUAAAAAUCGUUCGUUUUUUUUGAUGGGAUCGGAAUCGCAAUGAUUUAUACAAAUCGAUUUAUUUCGAUGGCAUAAACUGCGUGUACCAAUGUCCAUCCAAGCAAAAAAGAUUUUUUUCAUCGGAAGGCAAUCCAGACACGUGACAAUGGACUUUCGAAUGCAGCGUAAGAAAAAAUGAGUGCCAAACAUUAAAACCGAAAACUGAAACUCGAAAUGCAUCAACGAUUAUCACAGGACACAAUCAACAACGAGAAUUGACUUUGGAAACGCAGGAUCCAAAGCGACUAUUGGCUUGUACUGUCUCCUCGACAAAAUUAUAAAAGAGUUCGGUAACUCUGCAUAAAUAUAAUUAGGAAAAAAAGAUUAACAGGUUUCUGUUCAGCUCCUUCGACAAACGUCAUUGGCGUGACCGUAUCGUUGCUCUUGAGAAACAUGAAUCAUAUUCUCCCGUAGAUGGUCGACGUACCGUGCGCGUGUGAGUGCCUUAUGGCGUACUAUGUUCUUUAGUUGUAUAAAAAAUAUAUAUUAGCUACGCAAUUCGUAUUUCGAACUAUAAGAUUACCAUACGAAAUAGCAUUUACGUAGCUUUUCUAGUGUUUUUGCCCUCACACAGGUGCACACGGGUCUGACUGCCCUCGAAUUUAUUUCCGAAAUUGAAUCACGUGGGGUUAGUGGGAUUGAAAUUAUUAUGAUAAUAUGUUUGAAACAUUCAGAUAAAAAACGUUCGACUCUGAAUAAAGAGUAAAAGAUGAGAGUUAAAUUUUCUUCUAAAAAUGUGUGAAAGCAAUCAUACGAGGCUUGUUGAAAUUUGCAAUGGAAGGUGAAUUAUCAUAUUUUAUGUUGCAUUAUUAAAAUUUUCGCUACGGCUUGUGAUUUAUUAUCUGUUUGUUUCAAUUUUAUGAAUUGAAACUCCGAGAGAUAAAAUUUGUACGCGAAGAUUUUUUCUACAUGCGAAUUAUUUUCCGUGGGAAAAAUAACCAAUCGACGAGUUUUUUUUACGUUUUCUCCAGUUUUGUUCCGAGAAUAUUUUGCAUCAGGUGGAGUCUUACAUCUGUCAAAAAUAUUGAUUCAUAUAAAACGUCUCGAUCGAAUCUGUUCCAAUCGUAGUGAGGCAAAUAUUGGAGGAAAAAAGUGACGAAAAGAAUGAGAAAAAAGCCAAAUGGAUGAUUUGGUAUUUCGUGCACGUUAUUCGUACCGUAAUUCUGUAAAUUGAUCUAAAACGGUUCGGGAGAUUUUGUGAUUAUUCUAAAACUACUAAUUUUUGACUGUGUCGAAAUUUCGAUAUAUUUUGUUGAGAAUUCUAUUCUAUUUUAUAGAAGGCAGAAACCAUAGCCCGAAUAGAAACUCGUUGCUCCUGUUUCGUCGACUCUAUUUUUCCUCUAUUCUCGUCUCCCAGGAUUCGUUGCUUAGCUCCAAAAGAAGGAAUAAUUACCAAGAAUUAAAGUGAAUUCAAAUCUUAAAGAAAGUUAUAUUCUUUUAAAUUCCAUUACGAUUCAUGAAUAAUAUAAAACGUACAUAUUUUCCGCUCACGUCUAUUUGAAAAAUAUUUAAAAAACGUACGAGGUUUAAUCUAAUUCGAGGGCGACAGUGCUCGACGACUGCUCUACACGUUUUCGUGAAUAUCUUGUUUUUCUCUUUUUAAUACACUUUUCGUCGAGCUUCCAUCGCAACUCUUGAUCGAAAUUAUACUAACUUCCCAUAGAGGCAAAUUUCUUUCGUGAAACUGUCGUUUUUCGUUCAUUACUCGCGUCAAUGGAAUCGUAAUAAUUAAUGCACACUAUCACUGCCGUAUAAUUAAAACCGUAUACGUGUUUCUUGAGAGUGGGAGUAAGGUAUCACACUUUUUUUCGCGUACAAGUAUGGUACAUGGAAAUAUUACCGAAGGGCCAAUGAAUAAUUGAUUUAUUAUUUGUUUUUGUUUUGUUUUAGUUAUGAAGGUCUUUGUAACGUUUCAUCUCGCGAUGAUUCUAUCAAAUACAGAAAUAUAUAUCUAUAUAUAAGAAUUCAAGUACUAAAAAGUGCCUGAAGUCAUGUCCAACGUUUCUGUGAUGAGAACAUCAUGAAAAUCUGAAUAAUCCUUUUCCUUUUUUCCCCCGAUACACGUCAUCGAGGAGUUUAUUUAUUACCAAAAAAUAGUCGUUGCCAUAUGGGACCUUACUGUGUCUAUUCGAUUGAAAGGGCCAGAAAAAUUGUCUAGAUUUUUUGUUUGUCAAAUUCAGCCGGAUCUUUUUAAUUAUUGGGUUCUUGUUCGAAAAUACGAAACAACUGUUUUUAACCCCUUCGCAGUGAGGUGAAAAUGAAAUGUUUGUGUUGCCAAUUUGAUGGUUCAAAAAUGAUGGUUCAAUUUGGAAAUUUGAACCAUCAUGUACCAAAUUACAAUCGAAUCGAUGCAGUAGAAAUAUAUUGUUUUUCAUUUACGUAUCAUGACACAAAAUGGCACUUUUUUGUACCUAUGCGUGUCCCUCACAGUGAAGGGGUUAAUAAAACAUUUUUACACGCGUUAUUCUGAAACGCUCAUAUCUCAGUUUUAGUAUUUUAUGGAAAUAAUUGAGUCACAAUUUCUAUGAGCCAUUGUAAUUGAAUUAUUAUUGUGAAUACUGCAACGUUUACUUAGAAAAAAUUGCACAGUUUAUUGAAUUUGAUAUUUUGAAAGAACAAUUAUCUGAAAAUUUAGCAAUUUUUCGUUUUUUUUUCUGGUGGGGGCGAAAGGCCUUUCAAAUAUUUCAGAAUAUUGUAUAAAGAUCAACAUUUUUCGAUAAAACAAUUCGUUCUGUGAUGUUGAAAUGAGCAAAAGAAUUUCAAAAUCUUGAAAAUUACUUGUUUCGUCGGAAUUUAAUAAAAACCGCAAAAUCA